AUGACCACUGCAGUCUUUUCAGCGUGUAUAUUACUGUUGGUAUUAUUACUAUGGACAGUGUGUGAGAUUGUGGUGGGGGCAACUCAGGAGGAGAAGUGUGUGUACCUGGACCGUGCACAGCAUCUCGACACUGUGGGUCUCUUUAAGGAUGGAGAUGUGAUCAUUGGAGCACUCUUCAAUUUCUACAUGCUGCCACCAACCCUUGACCUGAGCUUCUCCGAAGAGCCAUAUCUGCAGCCCUGCUAUGAAUUUCAGGAGAGUCCUGUGCAGUGGGCUCAGGCUGUUGUCUUUGCUGUGGAUGAGAUUAACAGAAACCCUUCUUUGCUGCCAGGGGUUCGACUGGGCUACCGUAUCAUGGACAGCUGCUCACGCUAUCCUUAUAGCCUGAGAGCAGUCAUGUCUUUGAUUAGUGGAGGGAAUGGUACCUGUAAAACCACCCAACCUACCAAAAUUAUCAUUGGAGAAGCUACUUCCACAGAGAGUAUGAUACUUUCCAGAGUUCUAAGUCCAAUGCAUGUACCAAUGAUCAGCUACCUGUCUACAUGUGCAUGCCUCAGUAACAAACGAGAGUAUCCUAAUUUCUUUCGGACCAUCCCCAGUGAUGUGUAUCAGGCUCGCACCAUGGCCCAGAUGGCCAAGCGGUUUGGCUGGACCUGGGUUGGUGCUGUGGUAGGGGACAAUGACUAUGGGCUCCAGGCAGUACAGGCAUUUAGGGAGGAAACAAAAGGUACCAGCAUCUGCCUAGCUUUUGUCAGCACUAUCUACCGUGAAAGACGGGCAAAAGAUGUGGAUCGUGCUGUGACAGUGAUGCAGCGGUCAUCUGCUCGUGUGAUCAUGGUAUUUGCUUAUUAUGUAGAUGUGGAAGUGUUCCUCAUUGAAGUGGUUCGCAGAAAUGUCACAGAUCGCCAGUUUCUUGCCAGUGAGAUUUGGAGUACCAGCGGCCUUCUCUUGAGCAACCCUGCACUAAAAACCAUUGCCCAAGGCACACUGGGAGUGGCUGUUAGGAGUGCACUUAUUCCUGGGCUUGAGAAACACCUGCGAGAGCUUCAUCCAAGUCGCUAUCCUCAAGACAUGGUCCUCAGAGUUUUAUGGGAGAAGACAUUUGGUUGCAGCCCAGUGCAGAACAACACUAUAGCCUCCCAGAGUGGCUUAACACCAUGCAAUGGGAAGGAGACUCUGGAGGCAGUAGAAAAUGGCAUUACAGAUGUCACCAAUUUAAGAGCCACUUAUAAUGUGUAUCUGGCUGUUUAUGCAGCUGCAUAUGCACUGCACUCUCUGCUGCAUUGUACUGCACCUAACAGUUCUGACCUGACCAUGGCCCCAAACUGCUCAUCUCCAGAUAUUAUCACUGCAAAAAAGCUCUUAGAACACCUUAAACUGGUGAAGUUCACAACGCAGCUUGGAGAGAAGUUUUAUUUUCAAGAUGGAGAGACUCCAGCUGUCUAUGACAUAGUGAAUUGGCAGAGAGGUCCUGGAGGAGCCUUGAAAUAUGUCCUCGUUGGCCGAUUGGAGGGGUCUAAACUUAUGAUUAACGAAUCUGCAAUCAGCUGGACAGGAAACUCAAAAAAGGUGCCUGUGUCUAUGUGCACCGCAGAAUGCCCCCAGGGGACACGCAAAGCUAUGAAGAAAGGCCUUCCAGUCUGCUGCUUUGACUGCCUGCCCUGCACUGAUGGAGAAUUUAGCAAUGUCACAGGCUCACUAGAAUGUUAUCAUUGCCCCCCAGAAUUCUGGUCCAACAGUCACAGAACUGCAUGUGUACCACGUGAGGUCGAGUACCUCUCCUUUAAUGAGACAAUGGGCAUCACCUUGACGACUGUUGCUGUGUGCGGUGCCAUGAUAACAGCAGCUGUGGGUGUGGUUUUUGUGUACUACAGACAGACUCCUAUCGUCAAAGCCAAUAAUUCAGAGCUGAGCUUCCUGCUCCUGGUGUCACUCAAACUCUGCUUUCUGUGUUCUCUGGUGUUUGUGGGUCAGCCCUCAUUAUGGUCAUGCAGACUACAGCAAGCAGCGUUCGGGAUCAGUUUUGUUCUCUGCAUCUCGUGCAUCCUGGUGAAAACCAUUGUGGUUCUGGUGGCAUUCCGUUCAGCUAGACCUGGAUCUGCAGCCCUUAUGAAGUGGUUUGGCCCAGGGCAACAAAGAGGAAGUGUUCUGUUCUUUACCUGUAUACAAGUGAUUAUUUGUGCUCUAUGGUUGUCCCUCAGUCCCCCCUUUCCUCACCGCAACUUAAGCAUUCAAGGGUCGAAGAUCACCUUAGAGUGCAUGGUGGGGUCAGUGACGGGCUUCUCCCUGGUUUUGGGCUACAUUGGUCUUUUAGCUGCCGUUUGCUUCCUACUAGCAUUCUUUGCCCGAAAACUUCCAGAUAAUUUUAAUGAAGCAAAAUUCAUCACUUUCAGCAUGCUGAUCUUCUGUGCUGUAUGGAUCACCUUCGUUCCAGCAUACGUCAGCUCACCAGGAAAGUACAGUGUCGCUGUGGAGAUAUUUGCCAUCCUGGCUUCCAGUUUUGGUCUCCUUAUCAGUAUAUUUGCUCCAAAAUGUUACAUUAUUUUAUUGAAACCAGAAAACAACAGCAAGAAAUUUCUCAUGGGAAAAACACAAUAG